AUGAGUUCAUUCCUCAUGGGCUAUCCACACCAUCACAUUCAAUCGAUGGGUAUUAAUAUUGAGCCUAAGUUUCCUCCUAGCGAGGAUUACACAAGCUUUCAUAACGGAUAUGGUGCAGUUAACGGUAUCACACAGACCGGAACUCCCGACUACUUACAUCAUGGUCAGUCAGACGUGCUGCAUCACAAUAGUACUACAGGAGUUGUUGGUAUUACUACGGGAAACGUCGGUACGGGAAGUGGUGCCGGUCUCACCGGUAGUGGCACUGGAAACACAAACAGUGGGUCCGCGUCGGGGUAUAAUGGCUACUCAUCACCGAUGGCGAGUCAUUAUUAUCACCACCCGCAUCAUCACCAUCAUCAUCCUCAUCAUCACCAUCCUCAUGCGCACCUCCCGUCGCAUAAUGGAUACGCAUCUCCGGUGCAGAUGCAGCCAGCACCGUCGACUCCGAUAGUUCCAUCCAUAGCAACACUUCCACCCACCGUUUCGACCGCGGUUACAAACAGCUCCAUUUCUAACCACAAUUCCUACCCAACAAAUGUGACCUCCGGAUAUUACAAUGGGUACUAUACGGCUCAAAGCCAAGGCCAUCCAACUAUGAUGGACGCGCCACUACAGUGCGUUGGAACGGAAGUUAGCAAUACAGCUCUUGGUCUGCAGGAACUAGGAAUGAAAUUGGAUAGGCGAAUAGAAGAAGCGGCCCCUACGGGCCAGCAGCUGCAAGAGCUGGGCAUGAGGUUGCGUUGCGAUGAUGCAAGUUCCGAUCAGGACGAGUUCCUGGAUGAAGAACGCAUGAUGCUUGAUCGAUCGCCGGAUGAGCUAGACUCCAACGACGGCGAUUUGGACGAAUUGGAUUCGGAUAACGAUCUAGGAGACGAUCUCAUGCAUGCGACGAGUGAUGGUGAGCGCAUCAUUUACCCGUGGAUGAAGAAAAUCCAUGUUGCUGGAGUCGCAAACGGAUCAUUUCAACCCGGCAUGGAACCAAAGCGACAGCGAACCGCCUAUACACGCCACCAAAUAUUGGAACUGGAGAAGGAAUUUCACUACAAUCGCUACCUUACGCGUCGGCGGCGAAUAGAAAUUGCACAUACGCUAGUGCUUUCCGAGCGGCAGAUCAAAAUUUGGUUCCAAAACAGACGCAUGAAAUGGAAGAAAGACAAUAAGCUACCUAAUACUAAGAACGUACGUAAGAAAAACGGCGAUCAAAGCAAAGCAACCGGUGGAAAUGCUUCCACAGGCCAAGCCGGUGGUACCAGCAGUGGUAAGAAAGGCCGCAAAGCAAACGGCUCAGCAAUGAACGGAAAAUCAAAACAGCAACAGCAACAGCAAAAUAUUCAAAAUGAAUGUCUGCGAACCGACAGCUUAGAGAGUAUAACGGAUGUGCACGGUGCAAUGUCGAGCGGGAACAAUGGUUCGUCGCAAUACAUUUCGUCUGCCGAUGUCAAUGGUAUGCUGCCGUUAGCAAACGGAACGAGUGGGACCAACGGCUCUGGUAAUAGCACACACGGCCAUGAACAUCUCUCGCAACACCAGCAACUUCAACCGCAUCAACAACACCAUCAUCACCCGCAGCAGCAGCAGCAGCAUCAGCCUCUUAUGAGCAAUCAAUCCUCUAGCAAUAAUAAUAACAAUAACAACAACAACAAUACUAACAUGAACAGUCUCCCACAACAUUCCGUUAAUAUAAAAAAUGAUUACGAUCUAACUGCACUGUAG